AUGGACUAUACGCUGGAGAACAGCCCGGUACCCGAGAUUCCCGCGGGCACCUGGCCAGAGCUUUCGGCAUGGAGCCGCAUGAACCCCACCGUGGAAGACAGUGUCAUCCAGUGCACACUCAAGACGCGCGAGGUCGGUGGUGUGUCUCUGUCUGAUGCAUAUCGUCGUACAAUCGCUUCUUAUCAUGCCAUCCAAGCCGAGCGUGAGCUUCGUAUGCGCUACGCCAAUCUAGAGGCUCGCAGCCUGGGGGCUGAUAUGGGUCUCUCGGAGACGGAGCGCGGUUUCCUCAAGGAGGGUCGUGAGUUAGACAAGUGGGCGGUCUCAUCUACGGGCACAGGCUCCCUCGACAGCUCCUCGAGUGCCGGAACGACCGCUCGGGGUCAGCGCGUCAAGCGCGCCCACACCGAAUUCACUGGUGGCGACUUGUACAUGGCCGCGGCGUCGAGCGUGAGUCAUGGACAAGGGGCGGUCGUGGGGCCCACCUCGGGCAGCGAUGGUGCCGCCGCACCGGCGGAUGCAUCGUCGUUGCCAGAUGACUACCUCGGCAUCGGUGCAUCUUUGCAUAGAUAG